UCAAAUGGCGCCAAAUGUGAGGCUCGAAGUACAGUGGUCGCUGGACAGCACCAGGAGAAGAAGAGACUAGUCGACCCAAAGUGGAGACGCCCUGCAUCACUCGUGCACCAGUCCGUCUCGAGAUUCAUUAAGUCUCAGAUUGACGCCAUCCUUGAAAAACUGGUUUUGGUCCUCUACCAUCACCUAGAGGCAUUAGAUUCUGAGCUGCCUGAUGACUAUAAAAACCCCCACAGUCCUAAAGGACUGGAAUUCUCAGGCCUUAAAUCCAUGUUUGCUGUCACCAUUAUGAUGAAAAAUUACAAUCACCAAAUGGGAGGUUUUGCUUUAACCACAAUGGCCUGGCUACUUUGCUACAUCUCUGUUGGGCUUCCUCAGUGGCGAGUGUGGUACUAUGAAGAUCCGAAGAUUUUCAAGCCUACAGUGGCUUUUGUGGGCAUAUGGAGAGCCUGUGUUUUCUACAAUAGCAAUACCACCAACGAAAUCAGAAUAUGUCACCAAUACAACUACCAUGACUCCUUCCUUCCUUUGUAUAUUCGAAUAAGCCAGCACCUGCUGCUGGUGUCUGGCUUUCUGGGCCUCUUUGGGAAAAUCACCACCUUUAUUGCUUUUUGGAAAAUGUGCAUGGGAAGAGACUGGAGGAAUGCCACCUGCAAUCCAUUGAGCCUUUCAGGGAUUGUGAACAUCAUUGCUAGCAGCUUUCUUUAUCUUGCUGUUUUGUUCAAUUACAUAUCCAUCAUACGCAAAUGGGGGAUUGCCUUUCCACCAUCUUUCAACAUGCCUUCUCACCCAGAUACUCAGAAGAUUGGUAGUGCCAUGGGUCUGGCACUUCUAGCUGCAGUUUUCUAUCUAAUAGGUGGCACAAUUUGUCUUUCUUCAAAUUUAGCCAUAGGCAAGACACCCCAUUACAAAAUUUAA